AUGACGGGAUCCAUGAAUAUGAAUUUCGAAGGAUCGUGGACACGGAGUUUAGUUUGCUCUUGUAAUGAUAAUUCUCAUUGCGUACAAUCAAACUACCGGUCUGCUAAAAGAGAAAGAACCAUAGGAAACUGCACUGUUAAUCCAGAUGGUCGUUGUUAUGCGGCAAGAGUUAUCAAUCUGGAUGCAUUGGGACGUUAUCUGCGAUCACAAGUUAAAAUGUUUCCUGAACGUUCAUUCAAUUCACCACAAAGUAUCAAUAUCAACCCAGGAAACCUAGAUAGAUUCAUUCGUUUGGUAUAUGGUUGCUUUGAUUCACAUGACAAGACAACACUAGCUUGCAACAGCUAUUUGACUAAGCAUGCUGUUCCUCAAGCUAUUGAAUGUUGUAACUCUAGCAAUAUGUGCAAUGUACAUUUAUUCCCAAAGUUUAUACACCAUGAAACAGAUUCGGAUGCCGUGAAAACAGCUUUGGAGCAUUUUGGAAAGACUGGUCUUUGGAGAGAAGAAGCAGUUGCUAACGGAAAUAUCCGUUUAAGACCAUAUAUGAAUAUUGGUCCAGAUAUGUUAAUCGGCGGUUCUGCUGUCGGAAAUUUACCUCACAACAAAGUAAGGUUGAACACACCGUGGAAAAACCAGGCUAGUUCAGAGGACAGAAUGCAAUACCUUUUUCAGAUAGUAUUAAUCUCCACUUUCAGUCUGGUGUUUAUUGUGCUAUCGCUUGUUUUUGCAACCGUCUGCUGUGUAUACAAGCACCGCAGGCAAAAGACAAAGUUACGUCUUUCUUCUACUGAAAGCUCUUCCAUAAGGAAGCUGCCAGAAAUAGAAACAGUUUGCGACUCAAAGUCUUUGCAUGGAUUUUCAAACAGGGACUUAAAGUCAUUGCAUUCAACUUCUGUAAAGUUUGAAAAGCUAUGUAAGACAAAGGAUGGUUCAAGUCCUCACACGUUGCUGACUGAUAUGACCCAUAACUUUGGUAGUGAUACAAUCAUUAAUCGAGCUUCAGAAAACGUUUUAUCCCAGAACGGGUUGUUACAUCUAAUUCCUCAGACAGUUGGGAGACAAAUAACUUUGGAGAACCUUCUGGGUACUGGACGUUUUUCGGACGUCUGGAGUGGUACUUGGAAGGGAGAACAAGUUGUUGCAAAGGUUUUUAGACCAAACAACCGAAUUACUUGUAACAUAUGGCACCGUACUGUAUUGUUACAUCGUUCAGUGUUGCUUCGUCAUCAAAGGAUUCAUGGUUUGAUGGCUGUAGAUUGGCUCAACUAUCCUACAGAGAUGCAUUUAUCGGUCCUCAAGAGACGCUUUUCAGAAUCACUUUUAACUGUUUCGUCACCCUGUGCUCUGCUUGUUGGAGAAGCAUGUAUUUAUGGAACCUUAAAAGACUUUCUAUCGAACGGGGACUGGAAUCUUACCAAUUUUUCGGUUGACAAUGAUAACCUCGAGAGCCGUGAUGUGACAUCAAGUCAAAACUGUUGGCUUUCUGCUGCGAACAAUACAGGUGGUAUCCGCUUGCGCAUACUGUUAGAAAUUACAAACAGUCUAGUACAAGGAUUGUGCUUCUUACAUUCAGAAUUUGCUGGCACUCGAGGAAAACCAGCUCUUGCUCAUCGUGAUUUAAAACCAUCCAAUAUAUAUGUUCGUUCAGAUUGGUCAUGUUGUAUUGGAGAUAUUGGAUUAAGUGUUCGGUUACCACCAUGUCCAUUCCCAUUUCCUAUAGAUAAAUUACACAAAGUUUAUCAUUAUUAUACAGAAUAUAUAACAAAAUAUUUACAUUUGAAUAAUGAUCUAAAUGAAAUUCCUACACUUGAACAGACUGAUAUUUUUUCAUUCGAAAGUCAAUCAGUUGACACUAUUAAAACAACAUAUUCGAAGGCGACUGCCAAUAGAGAUCCGUUACAUGAACCUUGUAGUCAAACUUCUGGAUUAUUAAAUAAAUGGAGUUUUGAUAAAUUGGAACUUUUAGAGUGGUGGCCAAUAGGAGGCAUACAAAUCGGAACACCUCGUUAUAUGGCUCCAGAAUUGCUUUCCAAAUCGAUCAAUCCAUUUUGCUUUGAAUCGUAUCAGAAAUCUGACAUAUAUGCAUUAGCUUUAAUUUUAUGGGAAGUUGUUAAUUGGGCUCUUCCUAAAUCUAUUUGGUCAGGUCAAGAUUUAUCUGAAAUCAAUUCCAUACCUAUUAAUUGUUCAUUGUCUAGAAGGCGAUCAUCCAUUGAUUCAAUGAGUUUAACAUACUCUGAUUCAUCAUUUAUAUCACAAGAUAGUAAAUAUUCACCAGUUUAUCAAAGCGAAUGGAUUAAUUUAAUGAAAUAUACAAUGAAUGAUAUUAAUGACUGCAAUAACACAAAAUUAAAUUGUAAUUCUAACUCCAAACUUUAUCAGACUACAUCAUUUUGUAAUUAUACUUCUGAUCCUUUGGUCAGAUCAAACACAAAAGAUACAUCACAGUGUAUUGUGAAUGACAUUUCAUUGGAUGAUCAAUUGAAAAAUAAAGAACCAGAUCUUGCAACAAUGCAUUAUUUAGUGUGUAAACAACAAUUAAGACCACGUCUACCAACAUCGUUUCCUAUUAAUAUAACUAAAGAAACAAACAUGAUGAUAGAUGAUUAUUCUCAUCAAAAUAUUGAAUUAUUUUAUGAAAUACUGACUAAAAAUGUUUUACAGUUACAUAAUAAUACUACUACUAACAAUAAUCAUAUUCAUAACAACAAUACAGUGGAUUUAUUUCGUGUAAAUAAUAAACUCACUUCUGCAAUUAGUCGAGAAUAUUCUUCAUCAGGUGCUUCUUCACUUCAAAGUCAUCAUACCGAUUUUAAUUAUGACAGUAAAGAAUCCUUACCUGAUCCAAAUCAAUUAAAAUUGAUUACAUUGCAAUAUUUAAUUGCACGUCAUUUUGCUGUAUUAUUACCAGAAUGUUGGACAACUGAACCGGAUUCACGUUUAUCCGCACUGCGUAUCAAGAAACGUUUACAGAGUAUUUAUGAAUUCAUCAAUAAUUUUAUGCAUAAAUCAACAACAUUUACUAAUUCAACUGGAAAUAUUAUCAAUGAAAAUUCGAAUCAUCAUCAUAAAACGAAUCAUCUCAUUUGUAUAAAUGAUGUUUCAACUCUUGUAAAUAGAACUUGA